GAUAAGGCCGCCCAGGCGAGGCGGGUAAGGUUCCUAAUCGUCCCAAGGACCCAACCGUCGCCCGAAAUGGACGAGGCACCGUUGGUGUCUUUCGCUUUUGUUCCUUCGCUCUUCUGUCCGAUCUUUUUCCUCCUAGAAGCAAUUCACAAAGUAGCGUACGACUUAUCAAUCAUCGACCCAUUCCGUUUUCCACCCGUUCUACUCGCUUUGUCCAUCUAUUGCGUACGGUAUAUCUACUUCCGAUAUUCGAACAUUGACCUUUUCUUCAACACCACUCGUGGUAUGGUGGCACACAUCUCCCCGGCAGGCAAUGAUACACUACACAAAAGGCUCCCUGAUAGACGGCUUAGGCAACGACGCCACUUGACCUGGUCGACAAGCAGGCCGGCUUGUCAGCACAGCCAGACUUUCUUCAUUUAUGAAUCAGGCUGCCUCUUGAUAACCCCGCGAUGUACGACAAUUGCAAAGAGGCUCAGCUUCAGCUGUACGCAAGCGACCCUGCAAACGCGUCCCGUACAGAAUAUCUGGAUGCUGUCACACUCUCGUAUACCACAUCUGGACGACGUUGCAGCAAUCGGCGCUUGCCAGAACCUUAAUCAUCCCGCAAUUAAUCAGAUUCAUCUCGACCUUUUUCCACCUCAACCCGCACGUUGCGAUGCCCCGAGAAACCUACAAAGAUUCCUCUCUUGUCUCGAAACCUCAAGGAGCUAGACCCUGGCCGUUUCUACCCCGACUUUGGACGGAUAAAGAUAGGUCUUCACAGCACGAUAACCAAGAUACCUUCAGCCUGCCCCCGACCAACACGCCCGCCUA